AUGGAGUCCUCUUGGUCCCACUACAGCGUCAACUGGCUUCCCUUCGCGGAUCAGGUACUGCAAAACCCACACCAGAGCAUCCAGGAGUGCCCUGAGGGUUCCGUGGCCACCCUGGCGCAUAGCUUGCUGGCCAUGGACCAGGUGGAUCAGCAGACCACUCGCCAGAGUAUCAAGAUGAUGCACCAUGCUUUGGAAGUGCCAACGGCUGUGGAAGAGUCCGGCUGGCGUGACUACGGACUGAUGACCGCGUCGUCGCUGCUGCACUUCAUGUACCUCAAGUGGGUGAACAUCCCGCAAGACAACGACCGGCCCAAGGUGACCGAGGUCAAGAUUUGCGCCAUGCUGCGCCAUGCUGCGCUUGACUUGCCACAGGACCUCUCCUUAGACCUGGAGAUGCUGCGGCCGCCGCUGGGCUCAACGAAGGGACACCCCAUUACGGAUGUUGAAAAACUCCACUUCUACAUCGUUGGCAGGAACUUUGUGGGCGACUUUGUGACCAAAGGUGCGACCUACGGUGUCUCGUUGGGAUCCAUCAGUCAAUCAUCGGAAUCUCCGAAUCAAAAUCCAGUCGCCCCCACGACUCGGGGAUCCAUCCCCAAGUUCCACCCAAAGUCGUUGGGCGGCCAUCGCGCCAUGGCGGUGGCCGUGGUGGGCGGCGGCAUGGCGGGGGUGAGCGCUGCUCGAGUGUUGAGCCGUCAAGGACGGAUCGUGAAAGGGGUCGGAUUCCAGGUUCGUUUGUACGAGCGCAGCUCACAACUGGGCGGUCGCUUGGGACAUGCGCAGCUGGGUCCACAUCAGGUGGGCUUGGGAGCGACCUAUGUGAAGGCCAAGGAUCCUCUCUUCAAGGCGGAGAUCGCCCGGCUCCUGGACUUGGGCUUGGUCUCGGAGUGGAACGCUGGUGUCCCCCACUUUAUCGAAGCGCCCGGGAGCUUUGUGGCCAAGCCUGAGCUGAAGAGCAGCACGGACGUGUGGUACGUGGGACGACCCAACAUGAACAGCUUCGUGCGACUGGAGGACGAGGCCAUCACUCUUUGUGGCGAGGUCAAGUCGCUGAGUUGGGACAAGGCAGCCUGGCUACUGAACGGAGAAGAUGAGGUCAGUGCACUGAUCUUGGCACUUCCUGUGGCGCAGAUCAGGCCCUUGCUGGCUGGCAAUCUCGAAGAGAUUCUGCCCAAAGAAAUGCUGGACAAGGACUUUGAGAAGGGUCGGGUGGCCGUGGCGUUCGCCUUCACCGCCUCUUUGGCGCUGCCCUUCCGGCUGGCCUUCGUGAAGGAUUCGCCCAUCACCCUGGUGCUCAAUGACACCUCCCGUGCCGAGGGCGACAAGCUCUCCGCCGACUUCGCCGCGGAGAGCGGCGAAGUCUGGGUGCUGCAGACGAGCACGGAAUGGGCAGCAGAAUGUCUCAAGGAAGAACGGCCCGAAGACGAGAUUUGCCGCCAGCUCCUAGCGGAGUUCGCGCGGCUUUUGGGGGAGCUGCCGUCGGUCUCUGAACAGAAGGCCAUCCACUGGCUCUAUGGCGACGGUGAUUAUCAGCUGUCGGCGGGCUGUGCAGGUGACCCUUUGCGCCGAUUGUAUUUGUGUGGAGACUGGUGCUACAAUGGCCGUGUGGAGGGCGCCUGGAUGAGCGGAUUCAACGCCGCCUCGGCCUUGAUGGAGCUCCUGAAAGAGUGA